AUGAUAGCCGCUCAAGAACUCUCCGAAUUUCUUCAAAUGGAGAUUCGCCUCAAAUUCGAGGAAGAAGUUCUUGAAUUCUACAGAAAUGGAGAAAUCAAAUCUGCUCAGUCAAAGAAAAAUCCACAGAGCACAUUUCCAGUCAUCAAGUCCACUGUUGGAGGCUCAAAGGUGAAGCUUUCGCAGAAGAAAUUGGGAAGAAGGCUUUGCCUUCCCAAUUCUGGAGUUGAAGUUGGGAAAUUUCCAGUCAAAAAUCUGGACUGGAACAUCAUUGGAAUUUCUGGGCGAACUCCUUCUGGCCCAGCAAAGAAAGCAGAUCUGAACAACGAUUACAAGUUGAUUUUGGAACUGGUCAUCGCCUACCUCGAAUGUGGGAGUGUAGGCCAUGUCGAUGACAUCACCCAGGAGAGAGCCUUCAUCAUCAACGCUCUCAUUACCAAAACUAAGGUAAACUGGGCUGCACACUUUUUCAAUUCCAUCUCAAAGCAUUUGGGAAAGCCCAACCAGAAAUAUCUUUGUCAAGGACUAUACCUUGGACAUAUCUUGGAGUCUAUGGGUAUUGCUUCUAAAGGAAAGAAGUAUGGAAAAAGAUACUGGCUAUACUACUUAUCCUCCAAAGGAGAAAACAGAGCCAGUGCUAGUACCACUGCAGAAGAUAGCUCAUCAGAUAAUGUCCUACUCAUCCAUAUGGCAAAGACUGCCAAAAGAAAGCAAGUGGUGUCCCCCUCUCCCUCCAUUGAAGCACCACAGAAUCUUGCCUUAGUAUGUUUGGAAGAAGAAGAAGAAGUCUCUGACCAUGGAGAAUUUCAAAGGAAGAAGAAGAGAAAGAUCAACUCUUCAUCAACAUCCAAAGAUGUCGAUUCGGAUGAGUUGAAGGAGAAGGAAACUGCUGAGGAAACCUCUAUUCAAAACCAGAGCCCUCAACAAUUUGAAGAAGAAAUCCCUCCAGUCCAAAGCCUUCCAACCUCAUCUCAGCCUCAUACAGAUGAUGCUGACAACAAAUU